AUGUCGGCCUUGGAGGCAGGGGAGGAGACGUGCACAUACUUGCCCGACCUCAAGUACUAUGAAGCUUCACUCGAGGUAGCAGACGCGCAUUUCUGGGCACAAACGCGAGCGGAGGAGAUCGCCUCACUAGUCGCAAAUUAG